AUGGCUGCCAGCUCAGAACUUUUUCAGGUGGAAAUGCUAAUGAAGGGCAUACAGGAGGUCGCAGAGCAAAAUAGCGCCACCAAGCGGCAGGUGGAGGAAAGGCACCAGGCGCUCGCCGAAAAGUUUCAAAACGUCGUGGGGAACUUGCAGGAAGCGAUGUCGGCUUCUCUGUUGGAGCAGGAUUCCCAGAAGGAAAAUGCUGAAGCCGCGCUGAAGGAAGCAGCAGAGAACGAAGCGGAGGUUCGCGCGUGGGAGGAGGAGCAGGAGAGGCGGGUAGCCGCGCUCAGGGCGGGGUAUGACGGCAUGCUGGGGGAGAUGGCGGCGGCUCUGCAGAGGGGGAAAGCACAGGAGCAGGAAAGAUACGAAGACGUCCGCCAGAGGGUGCAGUUGAGCUGCCAGCAGCUGCGGACGGACAUGAAGGAGCGGUACGACCGGAUGAGGUUCGAACUGGACGAGCGGCAGGGACGGAUGAACGCCAAGCAUGAUAAAGAGUCGAAGGAUCUGCAGAGGAUGACUGACCUGGCGCGACUGCGCGUGCGCGAGGCGGAACAGGAGCUGGCCAUGGUGCUCAUGCGCACAGAACACGCCAAGCACGAACUGCGCAUGCUCAGGAGGAAGUUCUUUCCGUCAGAGGACCCCAAGAAGAAGAAGACGAAGGUACCUCGACAGGAGGUCACGGACGACUUGAACUCUGACCUGGACCGGCUGGUGAAGGAACUGGGCAUGCGCGUGCAGGAGUUCAACCAGAUCGAGGUGCAGAUUGAGCUCCACCUAGCGGGGGAAACCGGAGGUGCAGGAGAUGGCGGCUGCGCACAGGACGGCGACCUGAACCCGGAGGAGGAGAUGGCCCGGCUGGAAACCGCCCUCGACUUCAAACUGCGCGAGAUCGAGUCUCUGCAGCGGCGCAUGCGCGACAAGCAGAUCCAGAUGUCCUACGGAAGGAGCGACUCCAAGUCUCAAGACUUCUUCAAGUCUCGCGAGAUCUUCGGCAGUCGCCGCUCCGGGCUCCGGACCGGAAGCAGGCCGCCCGCUACAUCCGGUGGGAGGUCUGACGUCACCUGGGAUUCCGUCACGAGCGUCGUUCGUCUCAGCUCUGACGAGAGCCUGUCGCCAUGGCGACAGAGGUCACUGACCCCGCUGUCUCCCACAACGUCACCGCCAAGAGAGGACCAGGAAGUGACGUCAUCUCCAGAAGGCCUGUCGAGCGGAAUCGGGAGCCUGAAAGCGGGACCGGGCAGCGGAAUCGGCAGCUUGAAUCAGAGCUGGGGUUCGUCCAUCUCCGUGGAUCAUCGGAGACGGCUCGCGCCCCUUCGGGCUCCCGGCAGCGCGCCCGAAGUCUCCCGGAAAGAGGCGAGCGGACCCGAAGGACGCCCUCGCUGCUCGUCGUCUCCGUCCGUAAGGACCAAGGCAGAGCAUUAGCGCUUUGUUCAGCACGGCAGGGAUA